AUGAAGUCGUACUGGUUGUUACCGGUACUGAUCACGGUGUAUGGGAAAGCCACCGAUAACGUUACGACAACAAGACCUCUGGAGGAACCCUCGCCGUACGCCCCAUGCUCCCCGGUCAGGCCGGGUGACGUGGACUUUCAUACUGUGGACUUGAUAGCGGUUUACCGCCUGGACCAGCCGGACGCGACCGGAGUGACUUUGGUACAGGGCUCGCAGGACCUGCAGAGGGCGUACCGGAUCGGAGACGGAGCCAAUCUCACGCUACCCUUGAAGAAGGUGUUCCCGAACGGUUGGCCCGAGCGCUUCAGCGUCGUGGGCACUUUCAACGCGCACGGCCAAGAGAGGCCGUGGAGUCUAAUACGCGCUCGUUCCCGCAACCUUCUCUUCUCGCUGACGCUGCUGCCGGUUGCGAAGAAGCUGACUGUAUACGUUCAGACAUCGAGGGUUGUUUUCGAUUGUCCUGAGUUAUUCAUCGCCGGCUGGCAUAAAAUACACGUGGCAGUCACCGAUGACACAGUGCAUGUGGCUAUUGAUUGCAAAGAAUUGUUGCCGGAGAAGAUAAGGAAACACGACUUUCGAAACGCAACCACAGUGUCUAUAGUAUCCAACGACGACGGAUCACCAGCGCCGAUAGACCUACAAUGGCUUUCGCUGAGUUGCAACCAUUACAAUCUCACAGAGGAUAGUUGCGAGGAAAUUGAAUUAUCUGAACCUUUGACUGCAAGCAAUCCUUUACCGCUAAUUUUACCAGAUUCUUCACCCAAUACGUUCCCAAUGCUGACACCAGUUUGUAAUGCCACGUGUCCGCCCGGUCCCGAAGGUCCACCGGGUGAGAAAGGCGAGCAAGGACCUAGAGGAUAUACAGGACUUCCGGGCAUUCGCGGCAUCGAAGGGCCACCCGGAAACUCGGGAGCACCAGGUCUCAAAGGCGAUAAAGGGGACCCUGGACCGCCUGGUCUAGUAGUUAAUGGUACUGUCAGCCCCGGACCGCCUGGAGUACCAGGACUACGGGGGCCCAAGGGAAUGAAGGGUGACCCAGGCCAAAAAGGAGAACCGGGUGAGGCUGGUCUGGUAGGUUUGGCGGGACUCCCGGGAGCAGACGGUAAAGAUGGUUAUCCGGGACCUCCAGGAUCCACUGGACCUCGCGGGGAACCCGGGUUGCAAGGACCACCCGGGGCCCCUGCAAGUAUCAACGCCUCUUUGAUUUAUGGCGCGAAAGGUGAUAGAGGGUACCCGGGAAAGCCGGGUCGAGAUGGUGAUUCUGGACCUAGAGGGCUGCCGGGCGCUGAUGGGAUUCCUGGUCUACCCGGUCCCCAAGGUCCACCAGGUUUACCAGGACCCUUUGGCGAAAGGGGCCUUCCGGGAUUUCAGGGUAAUGCAGGGGAAAGAGGACCUGAAGGUCCACCGGGUCCCGAGGGCCCUAGAGGAUUACCAGGUCCACCCGGAGCGCCUGGCACUGCUGCGGCCACGCAAGACCUCGUUGUCACUCCAGGUCCACCAGGUGCCCAUGGUGAAAAGGGACAGAAAGGCGAUCCGGGAUUAUCCGGACUACCAGGCAGAGAUGGACAGGACGGGAUUCCGGGAUCACCAGGCCAGAGGGGUGCACCCGGAUUGCCCGCGCCUACCAGUGUUGUUGCCCCGGAAAUUUCACUCUCGGAAACGGAGGUUAGGAACAUUUGCGAGGAUUUAAUUAGGGUUCGAUUAAGAGAACUGACGGACAGCCUCAUUACUCCGCCUACGAUCAGCGUAAUUAAGCGCGGACCGCCCGGUAAGCCGGGUGCCGCUGGACCUCCAGGCGUGCCCGGAGAGCCGGGUAUGCAGGGUCCUCGAGGUUAUCCGGGUGAAAUUGGUGAGCCCGGUAGACCUGGUAAUCCGGGGCCAAGCGGUGAGAAGGGCGACAAAGGAGAGAGGGGUCCAGAAGGAGUGGGAGUACCAGGAUCAGAGGGGCCAAGAGGGGUUCAAGGUCCAAUUGGUCCUCCAGGUCUUGAGGGACGCAGCGGGGAAAGAGGUGACCCGGGAUAUCCAGGUCCCAUUGGCCCUAGAGGAGUCCCAGGCCCAAGGGGAACCUGUGAAUGUCCCGUGUCCGCUGCGUAUUACGCCUACUCGCCGAUCGGAAAUUUUAAGGGUCCA